CACUGCCCCACCUGAAUAUCUCCACCACGAAACACCAACCAAAAAACCACCAACAUUAAACUCCAAUCCUUUCGAAAUGUCCAAAGUCUACGUAGCAGUUAUCGGCGCCGGCGGCGUUGGCAAAUCUUUCAUAAGUCAACUAAACGCCUACGCCCUCCGCAGCAAGAAGUACACGAUAAGCACAAUUCUCAUCUCACGCUCUUCGAAAGCUCUCCUGUCGAAAGACUACUCGGGACUAAACCUGACCACCUGGGAGUCUGACAUCUCCAGCAGCAGCGGCGUCAAACCCCCCAGCUUCCCAGACGAAACCCUCAAGUUCCUAACCUCCGCUCCGGGCCCAAUGAUUCUCGUUGACAACACUUCCUCGGAAACGAUCGCUGAGGAGUACCCGCGCUUCCUGUCUUCGGGGGUGCACCUCGUCACGCCGAACAAGAAGGGCUUUUCCAGCUCGCUAGCCCUAUUCAAGGCGAUCUACGCCGCGAGCGAGGCUCAGAAUGGUGGAUACGUAUUCCACGAAGCGACGGUGGGAGCGGGGCUUCCGGUGCUGAGCACGCUGAAGGACUUGAUCGAUACGGGGGACGAGAUAGUCAAGAUCGAGGGUGUAUUCUCGGGGACAAUGAGUUACCUGUUCAACUCCUUCGCUCCACUAUCGCCUUCUGGUGCUGAAAAGUCGUUCUCGGCUUGCGUCGCCGAAGCGAGAGAACUCGGGUACACAGAACCGGAUCCGAGAGACGACCUCAACGGCCUGGACGUCGCGCGAAAGUUAACGAUCCUGGCCCGUCUCUCGGGGCUGCUGGUCACGGAGCCAACGUCCUUCCCCAUCCAGUCGCUCAUCCCGAAACCUCUAGAGUCCGCCGCCAGCGCAGAGGAGUUCCUGGCCGGGUUGGCUGGCUUUGACGGCGAAAUGCACAAGGUCAAGACUACGGCGGAGAGCGAGGGUGCGGUGGUCAGGUAUGUUGGCAGCCUGGAUGUCGGGAAGGGUGAGGUUAGUGUUGGCUUGAGGAAUUUUGAUAGGGGCAGCACGGUUGCGGGAUUGAAGGGGAGUGAUAAUAUUAUCAGCUUUUAUACUAGAAGGUAUGGGGAGAGGGCGAUGAUUGUUCAGGGGGCUGGGGCCGGUGCGGAUGUUACGGCUAUGGGCGUGCUUAGUGACCUUAUCAAGGUUCUGGAGAGAUUGAAGUAG